UUUAUAGACAGAUUCCACUCCAACUUAGAUGUUAAAAUAAGCUCAUCCCCCUAAAAGGCUUGAUUAUUAUAGAGGUAAUCUCAGUCCAUGAAAUACAGUAUGGGAGCAGAAGUGAGACUGCGAGAACUAACACAGGCCAAUAAGGGUCUGUGAUAAUUAAAGACAUCUGUAUACACAUUAUCCAAUCACUUUGGUGAGCACUGUAGUCUAAUCAGAUCAAUCCGACCAUUUGAUUAAGCACACCUUUGGUGAAUGAAUGUUUUCAUAGAUUAUCUGUAAGAUGUUUGUUUGUUUGUUUGUCAGUGUCUCAAACAUCUGACUUGUUCUUCCUGUUUCUAGAGCUCCUGGCGCUCUUUUCUGACUCUCUUUCAUCUUCUGUAUGAAUUCACACAAACAAGUUUAUAUCUUCGAUUGCACAGAAAGUAAAAGCAAAACUAAGUUUUGGAUGAAGCUGACAGCUUUCUUCAGUAUACGGUCAGAGACAACACCCUUAUAUUGACUUCCUCUUGACGGUUUACUGGAUAUCCUCUGUUUUUUUUUUUUAGUGUGUGUGUUUAUUAUCAGACACAGCACCUGUCUGUCACGCCUCACACAAACUCGUCGAGCAACACAAAUCUGGGCACAUUUUUCUCUUGCGAAGACAACAACACGAGAGAUGUGCAGUGGAUGAGAUUGAGAUCUGCUGGAUUCAUAGAAGAGGUGAUGAGUUUGCUCUUAAAGUAAGUGAAUGAAUUUGCUGACAGCGUGUAGAUGAAGGACUCGAGGCUUUAUGCUGUUUAUAUAUGGUAAGUGUCUUUCAGAUGAUCUCAUCCGGUCUGUGUGUUAACUUUAAUUACAGUAAAGUGUCUGUGCUGGUAAACAUUUGCAUGAACUUUGUUAUUAAUAUUGCCGUUGGCAUCAUUUAUUGUACUUCAGAAUUGAUUAAAUUAGUAAUUAAGUUGUGGAUUGAUGUGGUAGAACGUGUUCUGCGCAGAUGAAACUUUCCAAGAAAAAUACUGAGUCAGUUUUCAGUUAUACAGUAUGUAUACAGUACAGUACAGUACAUUGAUUUCUGUAGGCGUACAACACGGCUAUAAAGCACUUAACUCACAUAAAUUAUUCACAUAAUUUAAAUGAUCUAAGCUGCACAUGCUUAAGGAAACAAAAUAACGAUGUAUGAAUCCAAAUUAAUGAUUGAAUAUUUUGUGCAUGAUUUCAUACUGUAUGAGGUAGAUCACAUGCGUGACCCAAACCCUAAACAACAUUAAACUAAAUAAAGCAACAGACUGUGUUGUUUUCUGCCAUGAAGCUACAGACGCUCAAUGUUUUCCAUUCACACAAUCAACAGUUUAUAGUUUAAAUGUCAAUGAUUGCAAUAAUAGCAGUGAUGAUGAAGAUAUCAAUGACUAUUAUUUUUGCUUUGUUGUCUGAGCUUUACUAAUGGCAACAUAAUGUUUAAUAAACCCAACACGUUCACCAGUGGUUUGGACAGAUUUUUCUUGCUGUAACAGAAACUUACCACGCGUGGUCAAUUUAAUUUAAGCAGAUUUAACACACGAGUGCUGAAUCCAAACACAUGUUGUAUUGCAGGGGCUGUGGACGUUUUCGUGAUGUUUUAAUGAAGACUCCUGCACACAAACAUUAUGAGUAUUUUGUAAAAAGGAAAUAGAGAUUGACUGUUAGCUGACUGCUUAGGGUUUCCUCUAUUUUACUGUUUCAUUUCUUCCUUUGUAGGUCUGAGGUUUGUAUCGUCACUUCCCGUCAUAUCGGUGUUGUGCCUCAUGCUCAUGAUGUAGUUUGUAGUCUGGUGUUUUCUCUAUCUUCACAUCUGUAUCUUAUGAAACCCUUUAUGUUCUCAUGAAAGCAGACAGCAGAUGUGAUCGGACGUGUGUGUGCGUUUAAUCUGAUUGGCCAUCGUGAUCAGUGUCUCAUUACUGACGCACCGCUGCUGUUCUUCUUGUCUGUCUUCAUUCCUCAGCAUCACAGAUAUUUGAUGUGUUGUAAAUGUGACAGAAACAAACGUCCACCCUUGCGAAAGUGUCUGCAAACAUAUGAGCAACAUUUCAUCUGUAUUCAUCAUCAGAUCCUUCACUUUAAUGACCUCAAUCUGACAGUCUGAUAUCUCAUGAUGGUUAUUUCAGAACCGUGAUCAUCUGAGAACCGGCUGAGGCUUCAUCAGAACCGAGUCAACAUGUCUGUACCACAGCAGGUUUUGGUAAACUUUGAAUAUAAUUAUACAGCUCGAGACGGCAGCACGGUGUCCAUCAAACCCAAUGAAUACUACAUCCUGGUGUCCAAGACUAAUGAUGCCUGGUGGCAAGUUCGUCGGGAUGAGACGGCCAAACCUUUCUACAUCCCAGCCACGUAUGUGACAGAACUUUUACCUGAGAACAGCCAGACUCCGUUAGAUCCUCCAGAGGAGUUCAGUGGAUUUGACUUCCCACAAUUGGAAACCCCAGACAGAUCCGAGUCUGCUGAGAUCCUGACCACUAUAAAAAGAGACACUGAGAAAGACGGACACAGAAUAUCAACGUACAUUAUUCCAAAGGAAUUAUUUGAACCGAAGGUCUCGAAAGCAAAGUCCAUACAGCCUGAGAACGAACUUAAGGUCUACGACACAGAAAGAGGCAUAAACCAUGAAACAUCUUCUGAUCAUUCUCCUUCAUCACACUUUAUGUUAUCGCCUCAUAUCAACACAGUUAACGCACAAUCUGACACAAACAUGAGUAUGAAUAAGUCAAAUCUUCAGGUGGACUUAAAAAGUUUGGAUGAAGAUCUGCAGAUGUUCAUAGGAUCUGAGCAGAUACUCCCAGAUAAAGACAGCACAGAUAUCCCGAAACCAAAUCUCCAGAAACUGACGAAGGUCCGCUCAUAUGAGUCUCAGUUUGUGUGUCUCCACCCUCAGCGCAGCAGCACGUUCAUGAGUCGCAGUAUCAGCUGCAGAGGAUCUCUGUUAGAUAAGUUGUUUGACUGCAGCUGUAAUGCCGUGUCGACCGGUCAACACAGAAACAUGAUGGAUUUUUACUCUAAGAUUCAGUCCAACCAUCGACCUCGGAGCGCCAUGCCUCUCACACUGAACACACAGACGUUUCUCAGGAGAGGCGUUUCGGCUCACAGGCCUCUCAUGAGGAUUCAGGUGGAGGAUGACAACCCACUCACAUCUGUGUAUGUGAACAUCCCUCGCUUACGUCGCAAUACCAUCGACACAUCCCCUCCUUUGGUUUCUCCACCGCGUGAGCUCGUGCCGGAUCCUCCUGAUACUUUGCUUCUUGAUUCGGCAGGAUGGGAGAUUCACACUGACGACCAGAGCGGUCAGGAGUUUUAUUAUCAGCCUUCAACGGGCCGCAGCACCUGGGAAUAUCCGCUCAGUACGUCUAUGGAGUCAUCGGUGAGGACAGAAGAGACUCUGCCAUCACCGCCUUCAUUCUCACAAUCCCCCACCUGCUCACCUAUGGGUUCAUCUCCAAGGAGAUUGAGCUCAGACUGGGAGAAAGUGUUGGAUGAGAAUUCAGGGAGACAUUAUUUCUUCAACACUGUGUCAGGACAGAGUUCAUGGGAUGCUCCGGAGGAUAACGACAAAUCGGAUAGCGGGGAUUUUCUGAAAGAUUGUCCGCCUCUUCCUGAGGAAGAUUAUCCUUCGUAUCCUGCAGAGUAUUCACUGAUCCAUGUGAAGAAGGUUUCUAUACCCAGAGGAAAUCUGGAUCAAAGCAGUCCUCACGGCUGGACCCUCAACAUUGAUCCUGAUGGAGUUUGGGUAUUCACGAAUGAUUACACACAGGAACAGUGGAUUAAAUCACUGGAUGAUGCGGGACGUACAUACUACUAUACGAGAGACGGUACAAAGUCCCAGUGGAACUUACCGGAGAACACUGACGAUGUAGGACCAUAUGCACUGGGAAACGGGGCUUUUGAUGAACUGGAGGGAACUGGAUCAAUGCAGAACUGGAGACACAGUUUGGGACACCAGGAGGAAAAGAUUCAUUCAUCAUCAUACGGUCAGAAUGUAUCAGACAGCGAAUCCUCCGGCUCUCAUGAGAUCUCAAACAAUGUUUCCAACUUGGAGAAAGCAGGAAUCCUGAACAAAACAAAGGUGUCUGAAAAUGGCAAGAAAGUGAGAAAGAAUUGGGCUCAAUCCUGGACGGUUCUCCAUGGAGGAGUUCUGACGUUCCAUAAAGACCCAAAAUCUGCACCAGGCAGUGCAUCGAGCAAGACCAAUCAAAUAGUCCCAGAAUUCAAAGUGGAUUUAAAAGGAGCAACAAUUGGCUGGGCAACAAAAGAAAAAUCCAGCAAGAAGAAUGUUUUAGAGCUGAAGAGUCGAUCUGGAGCUGAGUUCCUGAUCCAGUAUGAUACUGAGAGCAUUAUUAGUGACUGGCAUAAAGUUAUUAUAGACACCAUACGUCAGCUGGAUUUGGAUCAGCAGCACUCUGAAGAUGAGGAGGAGAUGGGUGAGAAGGCAGAUAAAGAGGAGAGAUUUCUUGAAAAAAGGACUAUGAGCAAUGCAACUCGACAGUCCGUAUCCAGCUCAACAUCUGAGGCCGAUCAGAAAAAGGCCCGCACCAAACUAAUGAAGUUUCUCCUCAAGCGGCCGACGCUUCAGUCUGUCAAAGACAAGGGCUACAUUCGAGAAAAUGUCUUUGGAUGUCACUUGCACAAUCUCUGCACUCAGGAAAAGGCCACAGUGCCAAGCUUUGUGGAAAAAUGCAUUCGUACAGUAGAGAAAAAAGGUUUGGGGAUUGAUGGACUCUACAGAGUGAGUGGAAAUCUGGCUGUCAUUCAGAAACUGCGUUUUAAAGCUGAUCAUGAGGAUCUGGACCUGGAUGAGGGUAACUGGGAUAUUCAUGUGAUCACAGGAGCACUUAAGUUGUUCUUCAGAGAACUUCAGGAGCCUCUCUUUCCCUACAAUUUCUUCAAUGAGUUUAUUUCUGGCAUCAAAAUGGCAGAUUAUUACAAAAAACUUUCACACAUGAAAAAUCUGGUGCAGCAUUUGCCGUCAUCCAACCAUGAUACGAUGGAGGCACUCUUCAGACAUUUACGCAAGGUUAUUCAACAUGGAGAUGAGAAUCGGAUGACCGUACAGAACGUGGCCAUCGUUUUUGGCCCAACGCUGCUCAAACCUGAGGUGGAGACGGCAAACAUCACCAUGUACAUGGUCUUCCAGAACCAGAUUGUAGAGUUUCUGCUUAAUGAGUUUGAAUCCAUCUUCCACAUGUGAUAAACAUCUGUCAUUGUCAUGUGAUGUCAAAACUGACCUCACUCAGAUAGAAAGGUUAAGUUGAUAAACUGAUCUGAGUUCAGACAUGUUUUAUGAAUGAAAACUAUGGCCUGCACAUUAACUUAUAUCUUUAAUAAAUAGAGAUGCUACAAAAUAUCCAUAACAAAAGACUUUAAUAGAUUAAUAUCACUCAAACAGAAUGAACAUUUAUAAUAGAAUCACUCUCAUGUUAUUUCAGAUGUAUGACUUUAUUUCUUCUGCUGAACACAAACACAUUUAUAUCAGAAUGCUGUCAUGUUAUCUUGUUAUAUGGGGCUUCAUAGGUUUUGUGAGUCACAAACUUGACAUUUCUCUUUUUGGAUUAGUUUAAUGAAGGAAGGAUGGGGUUUUUGGAGCUAUGGCACAUUAAGAAAAAUAUGAUGGUAUUUAAAAAAAAUAUUUGUUUGUGUUCAACUGAGGUUGAAGUAGUCCUUUAAACGAGCUGUUAAAUAUUUAAAGAGCAAUAGAGUUGUUUUAAUAAUAUGGUUGAAAUGUUUCUGUUUAGACCUGAGGAUGUUGCUUGUGAGUUUUAUUUGAUAAAUUUGUUUCUAGCUGUGUUGUUUUUCCUGCUUGUCAAAUAAGUCAUUAUAAGAUUUAACUUUGCCUUUUUGUAGAUACUUUAAAAACUGGAAAGUUUACUGGAACGUAUAGCCAAGGUAUAUUUCAAAGAAAAUGUGAAAGUAAAGAAAUUAAGUUGUGAAUAACUGCAUAAUGUUGUUUAGGUCAACUGUUUAUUUGUAUAUGUUUACCUCUUUUAAUAUAUGUGUCUUUAACAUAGAAAUGUACAAAGUACUGCAGGUAUGAAACUGUAAAUUGGGAAAGCUAGGGUAAGAUUCUUGUAUAUUGUCAUUAGGGAGCAAAGUUUUCAGUACCAAAAUGUAGAGUCUGUAAAGUGAAAUUUGCACAUAGAUUAUGCAUUAAUAUUUUAUGAUAAACUCUUACAGUAUAUUAAUCAUUGUAAUAUGUUUUAAAGUAUGUGUAUAUAGAAAAAAGGCAUAUUUAUGCUGUGAAUUACCUGGCGUAAUAAACUCUUAACUCUUUUAUAUAA